UCAUGGGUAAAGCAUUAAAAUGGCGACUACCAUGGAACAAAUAACGCUAAUCGAUGCGGAAACUAAUAUUGAAUACAAAUUAGUUAUAUCAACAGAAGACGCUAAGAAAGCAAGAAAUGAUCACGUAUUCGCACAUUCUUUAUUAGAACACGCAAAAAGAAAUACAAAUGUAGAUGUGGUUGAAAAACUUCUAUCUCAAUCAGAGAAUAUAGAUAACACAAAUGAAAUUACUCCUUGUAGUAGUGAAACUGACUCGUCUGUUGAAGUAAAAGAUCAACAUAUAUGGACUCGUUCUGAAACUAUGCUCCUUAUAAAUUUGUACAAAGAACACAUAGCAAAAUUUAAUAGUCCAAAAAGUUCUUCAAAACAGUGCUGGAAUAUUGUGUCCAAAGAAAUGAAAGAUGCAGGAUACAAUAUACCUCCUAUAAAAUGUGCAACAAAAUUUCAAUGUUUAAAAAGAACUUAUAAAUCUGUUACUGAUCAUAAUAAAAAAUCAGGGAAUAGUAGAAAACAUUGGGAAUAUUAUAAGAUAUAUUAACAUGAAUUAGAAAUCUAGAAAUAAUAUAUAUUUAUAUAAUUGGAUUUAAGAAAUAAUUAUGUAUUUAAGAAGAAAAUAUAUGUUGCUGUUUUGUAAUAAUGUACGUAAUAUCUUGUAAUACUUUGUAAUAAUACAUUAUUACAAAAUAGCAACAUAUUUUUCACAAGUUUUUGUCUGUUUAGCAAAAUAUAGAACAAAACAGUAGGUUUUUAAUUUUAGAUUAUGCAUGAGAUAUUUAGUACUAAGCCGUGGAUUGAACCAUAAGCAAUAGCUGGAUCUAAUGUCGACACUAAUGCUAUUACAAAUACUAAUAUAGAAAAUGAAGAUCCAAAAGGUAUUCUAUCAUAAAAAUAUAGCACGUAUUUUA